AUGUCAGUCAGAGAAGGUGUCGACUACGUCCUUGACUCGCUCAACCCCACUUAUACAGUACCAAAUGAGACCGGAAUGAGCUGGAUACAUGAUCCGACGAGGUCCACAAUGUGGAACGACUAUACUUUGCACCGGCUAGUAGACAUGUCUGAAUUUGAGCAGUCAUUGAAAGAGUGGGGGAAUUACACUAUCGGCGACGACGAGGAGUCAAUCAGCCAUCUCUACCAUGUUAUUGAGCACGCACGUCAGAAGAUGAUAGAGGGGGGGAUAUUCACUUCUGUAGUUGACGAGUCAGAAGGUUACAGUGCUGUCCCUACUCAGGCUGCUGAGACGUCCGGUGCUCGUGCUAUUUCAGACAUCACGCUGUCUGUCCAAUCUCAAGACCUCAUCAGUGGUGGCGUUGAGCCACCCAAAAAAAAAGAGCGUGUGCGCUUGGCUGUGGCAAAGUUGCGACAGGACAAGAAAUAUUGCGAGGCGGCUGCUGCUAAAGAGAGCAAAGAUGGUAUGAGCACUGCUCAAUCGCAAUCUACCGAAGAGCACGAUGAUACGGCAAAUGACGAAGAUGAUACCAAGGGCAUUUCCCAAGCGUGA